AAUAAAAACCGCAUUUUCACAGGGCCGGUGCCUGCCUGCCUGCCAAUAACUUUUUUUUCUGCAUCGUCUGUUUUCCUUUUCUGGUUUUUCUUCUUCUUAUUGCAUUCUCUAAACUAAACACUCUUUAAUCACGCCAAAACAGAACGUUUUCGCUCCUUCACUCUGAAUUUUCAGUUACAAUUAAUGGCAACGAACAUUGGAAUGAUGGACAGUGCUUAUUUUGUUGGGAGGAAUGAGUUGUUGACGUGGAUCAAUAACAGGCUUCAACUAAAUCUUUCUCGCAUUGAAGAGGUUGCGUCAGGGGCGGUGCAGUGCCAAGUGAUGGACAUGACCUACCCAGGAGUUGUUCCAAUGCACAAGGUAAAUUUUGACGCCAAGACAGAAUAUGACUUUAUCCAAAAUUACAAGGUCCUACAGGAUGUAUUCAAUAAGUUGAAAAUUGAAAAGCAUAUUGAGGUCAACAAGCUUGUUAAAGGUCGACCUUUGGACAACUUGGAGUUUUUACAAUGGCUGAAACGCUAUUGUGAAUCUAUAAAUGGUGGCAUUAUGAAUGAGAACUACAAUCCCAUAGAACGAAGAAGUAAAGGUGGGAAGGAGCGGACUUCUAAGAGUGGUUCACUGAAGAUUUCAAAAUCAUUGCAGACUAACAACAUGCAUAAUACUGGUGCUGGGGACACAGCUGCCCACAGCAAAGCCUCUGGGCCCAGGCAAGGUAAGACACAUGCUGCAGCAGGUGGAACUAAUUCUUUGGAAGAGGUUCAGGGUUUGUCCAAGAGGAUUACAGAUCUUAAGCUCUCUGUGGAUCUUUUGGAGAAAGAAAGGGACUUUUACUUUGCAAAAUUGCGGGAUAUAGAAAUACUUUGUCAGACUACUGAAUUGGAGCAUCUUCCUAUGUCUGCAGCGAUCAAGAAGAUAUUGUAUGCUGCUGAUGCAAAAGAGUCAGCACUAGCAGAAGCGCAGGACUAUUUGUCACAGUUUCUUGGUGAUGCUGAUAAUGAAGCAGAAGAUGAAUGAGUUUUAACAAAAACAAUAGGGGCUUUUGCGCUCGGAAGGCCUCGUUUGACAAAUGUAGGGUGUCCUUUGAUCAUAAGAUGCAGGAGAUGCUUUUAAUGUACUCAAGUCUUCAAACACCAUCCGAUCAAAACUGUAGGACUUUUCAUUUCUCUGUUUCCUUUUCUAUUUUGUGCUUGAUAAAUUAUUGUGGACUAAAUUAAUGACUAAUUUAUUGGUUGUUAUUACUGUUGGUUUA